AUGUGGCACACGCUGGUCCUGCUGCUGCUGCUCCCCUCUGCCUUGGUGCCCCCCUGCACUGCAGCCCCGAUCCGUGACGCCGCCGACGCCCAGGAAAGCUCCUCGGGUUUCCUAGGCCUCCAGAGACUGCUACAAGGCUUCACCCGGCUUUUCCUGAAAGAUGACCUGCUGCGGGGCAUGGACAGCUUCUUCUCCGCCCCCUUGGACCUGCGGGGCCUCCCUACGAACUACCACCAAGAAGAGAACCAGGAGCGCCAGCUGGGGAACAGCACUCUCUCCAGCCACCACCAGAUCGACAAGGUGACCGACAACAAGACAGGAGAGGUGCUGAUCUCGGAGAAGGUGGUGGCAUCCAUUGAGGCAGGAGAUGGGAGCGUGGAGAGUGACUGGAAGGUACCCAAGAUAGAGGAGAAGGAGGCCCUGGUGCCCCUCCCCAAGGCCAUGGACAGCUUCCACCCAGAACCCCACCCCCGAGUGGCCUUCUGGAUUAUGAAGCUACCGCGGCGAAGGUCUCACCAGAGUGCCCCGGAGGGCAACCGCGCCAUCAGCGAGAAGGAACACCGCCUGCAGGCCAUCCGGGACGGGCUCCUAGAGGGGACCCGAGAGGAAGCCCUGCAGAAAGGGACCCAGGCCGCCCCCCACUUCAAGCCGCCUGCCCGCAAGACGCACUUCCUGUACAUUCUCAGGCCGUCUCAGCAGCUAUAGGUGUGGGGAUGGGAACGCCUGCAUGUACCCACAACCAGACCCCACCCCAAGCUCCAUGUGGAAAUAAAGUUCUUACAUCGAAAA